AGUAUCUGCAUGACAGCAGAGCAGUCAGGGAGGACCAGACCCACCAGAAUAACUCACCCGCGCGCUCCCGCUUCAACCCGCCGCCAGCCACCAUGAACCGCGAGCCGGUCGUCGUCGUCGCUGCCGCCCGGACACCGAUAGGGUCCUUGAACGGCGCCCUGUCCACAGUACCUCUGCCUGAGCUUUGUUCGGUGGUGAUCAAGGACGUCCUGAAGCGGGCUGCGGUGAAGCCAGAGGAGGUCUCUGAGGUCAUCAUGGGGCAUGUCCUGACAGCAGGUCAGGGGCAGAACCCGGCGCGGCAGGCCAGCGUCGGGGCAGGUAUCCCCUACCCUGUCCCGGCUUGGAGCUGCCAGAUGGUGUGUGGCUCUGGGCUGAAGGCCGUGUGUCUGGGAGCUCAGUCCAUCCAGACCGGGGAGUCCGCUGUGGUGGUGGCGGGCGGCAUGGAGAGCAUGAGCCGGGCUCCUCACACGCUGCCAAUGAGGGUCGGCGUGAGGAUGGGCGACGCCUCCCUGCAGGACUCCAUCGUGGCCGACGGCCUGACGGACGCCUUCCACGGCUACCACAUGGGCAUCACAGCUGAGAAUGUGGCGAAGCAGUGGGCGGUCAGUCGGGAGGAGCAGGACCAGUUUGCCGUCCGGUCCCAGAACAAAGCGGAGGCUGCGCAGAAAGCAGGACAUUUCGAUCAGGAGAUCGUCCCCGUCAUGGUGUCGUCCAGAAAAGGCCCCGUGGAGGUGAAGGUGGAUGAGUUUCCUCGCCACGGCAGCGACAUGAACAGCAUGGCCAAACUCCGAUCCUGCUUCAUUAAGGACAGCAGCGGCACCGUCACCCCCGGCAACUCCUCAGGUAUUAAUGACGGCGCAGCAGCAACUCUCCUCAUGAGCCAAUCGGAGGCGGUGAGGCGUGGCCUCAAACCCAUGGCCAGGAUCGUGACUUGGGCUCAAGCUGGCCUUGACCCGUCCAUCAUGGGAACUGGACCAAUACCAGCCAUCAGGAAGGCGGUAGAAAAGGCCGGCUGGCAGCUGGACCAAGUGGACUUAUUUGAGCUCAAUGAAGCAUUUUCUGCCCAGUCUAUUGCUGUGGUGAAGGAGCUCGGCCUGAAUAUAGACAAGGUGAACGUGAGUGGCGGGGCCAUCGCUCUGGGCCAUCCCCUCGGUAUGUCCGGCUGCAGAGUGCUGGUGACCUUGUUGCACGCACUUCAGAGGACCGGCGGCCAUAAGGGCGUGGCUUCGCUCUGCAUCGGAGGAGGGAUGGGCAUCGCCAUGUGCGUGGAGAGGGAUUGAGAGGAUAACCUAAUGCUGAUUGAUAAAUUGCACUAAUCACAUUCAAUGUUUAAGGGAUACUGACUACAUUGCAGGACACAGCUCUUCACUCACUGGGCCGGUCAUAAGAGAUGUCAUUGUUAAAUCUUAGCCAACAGUAGCUUGCCACUCACUGUACACUUAAUAAAUGAACCCUUCCUAGCUGUAGCAUGCAAGUUAGUCUAAUAUGUUCUAAGUACACACCGUAUUUAGUUGUUAGCAGUCAAUGAACUUGUGUUAUUUCCCUUUAAAUUUACCUGCUUUCAGUUGAAAGUGUAACAAAAUGAAAAUGCAAGUCUUACGUGUCUAUGGAAGAUGUGAUUUAAUACAUUUCAUAAAUGGUUCAACUGAUCAACAUUCCGCAGACUUUUGACUCAUGUAUGCUCGCCUUCUUCUUAUACAUGGCAUAUGUGGAAUGUCCUACUGUCUACAUAUCAAUAAAGGAUUAUAAGCCA